UGUGGCCGCGUGGAUUGUUUGGCGUGGCAGCUCGCCCAUCACACUCUCUACCAGACAGGUAAAACAUCUUGCAUUCUGUCAUUUAUUCAUGGGCACGAGCGACACGGCUUGACACUACUCUGUUUUAGCGCAGCUGACACCCGGUGCGUUUGAGGAGGAUUGGCUCCUCGGGAGGUUCCCGGUCUUGCAGUGUUGCAACUAUUGGUGAGUUGCCGUUGUCUGCCGUAUUCUCACCUUCAGCUUGGUUCCUCUGGUGUACUGACUGUUAUUCAUGUCACAGUGGGAUUUGGCCGUGGGAUUGUUGGGUCUCUCUCUCCCUUCCCUGUGGGCUCUGUGGCUGCAACUGGCCGCACAGGCUGGACAAUUCAGUGAAUGCCACACGUGCGAUGCAUCCUGUAAGACCUGCUUUGGCCCACAAGCACUCGAUUGUUCUACUUGUUUCAAAGGGAAUUUCUUGAGUCAGGACAGUUCCUGUGUAGUGCAGUGUCCAUCCGGCUCUUAUACAAGCUCUGCCACUCAGCUGUGUGAGGACUGCUCUCCAAACUGUGAGUCUUGCAUGGACACCAGAGAUAACUGCAUCAGCUGCUCCAAAGGGAGCUACACACUCUUUCUCCACCAGGGGAGGUGCUGGUCAACUUGCCCAGAAGGUUUCUUUGAGACAUUAGAGGGGGCCUGUGAAGCCUGUGAUGUCUCCUGUUCCUCAUGUGAUGGGAUCAAGACCCAGUGUCUGUCCUGUGCUGAUGGCCACUACUUGGAAGGGGGUAUGUGUAGACUCAACUGUUCACUGAGGUCCUACCCUGCAGACGAUGGCACCUGCAGACGCUGUCCCCCCCACUGUGACGUGUGCUCGGAUGACAGGACCUGUUUCAGUGAGUUAUUUACUCUGUGGGCGGGUACGUUUUAAGGGAAAAUUAUGUUGAAUUCAGGGGUGUCAAAACUUUUUUCACCGAGGGCCACAUACAGAAAAAUAUACGAAGAGCUGGGCCACUCACUAGAGGUGAGGUAUAUUGCCUCAUAAGUUAAGUUAUAUGUCAGUAAAAUCAAUCAAAUGUAUAGGUAAAUUAUGCUUAAUACUUGAAUAUGCUUUAAGAAAAACAACAGCCUACAUCACAGCUCUCCAUAGGGUUUCAUUUAUUUUGUUAGCAGCUAAUUCCUUAAAACAGGAGCCUCAGCUUACUUAUCAUAAGAGGAACUAGGAAUGGUUUAUUUCAAGCGUGUUAUGAAAAUAAGUUAUUGGGCUUUUUUCUUAUCAACUUAGAUUUCAUAAAAAAUGUUUUCAGCUUGAAUUGAAUGAAUUCGUUUGAAGAGUGGGCUUCUUAACACAUGAAUACUGUGCAAUGUCUGUUUUCAUCUUGAUGUAAC